AGGAGUGGCUACACUGACCCAGGUCUACAGGAAGGUGUGUGUUUCGUCAUUAUUAAGCUGAUCACAGUCAGACUGGACAUCACCAACCGGAUCAUAGCAGCCAUGAGUGGCAUCGGCAGCACCGAGCAGGAUGGAGAGGGAACCGGAGGAAGAAGUUGGAUCAGUACUUUCUGUUUUGCAACAGCAGGUGUCGCUGUGGCUGCUCUUUACUGGAAAAAUCUUGAAGCAAAGAGAGAGAAGAAAGAAAUGGAGCUGAAGAUCAAAAGAAACCUUGUCUAUAUUCAACGGAGUCAGUGGAUCUCACUGAAAAGUGCUUUCGGUCUUUUUGAAAUGCCACUAAUGGAGAAAACGAAAUCACUAAAAAUGGAGCUCAGAGAAAGAACCGAAUUGCUCAAUUUAUCGCAGCUGGAUGAGUUGGAGGACAUGUUGGUGGAAAGACAACAUCUUUUCUGCAGCUACUUUACGCCAAGAUCAUGUCGGGAGCAGCUGGAGAACGAGAUCAUUAAGAAAGCUGGUAAAAUACCAGCUUUCCACAAGAAGAAUGUAAAGGCAAAUCUGGAGAAGAUCUUCAGAGAAGAUCGCCAUUGUGCUUCCUGUCUGUCAUACCUCAUGACCGGGGAUAAAAGAAAGAAUGGAAGAAUGAUGUGGAAGCAGCUGGCAUACUGGAGGAGAGCAGUGAGGAAAGAAAAAUACUUGAGUGAAAAUUCCACUUAUUGUUAGCCUACCAAAACUACAUUACAUUACAAACAUUAGCAUUUCAUGGGUGUCUCAAAGAUAGAAAUCCUUCCCCAGC